GUAGAUCGGGAUUAUGCGGAUCUUUGCUUUAAGGAAUUUGGAGACAGAGUGAAACUUUGGGUUACUUUGAAUGAACCAUGGUUGUUCAGUCAAAAUGGCUAUGCAUCCGGGACAACAGCACCAGGUCGAUGUUCCGAUUCAACAUGCACCGCUGGUGAUUCUGGCACAGAACCUUACAUAGUUACACACAAUCAAAUUCUUGCUCAUGCUGAAGCUGUUCGUGUGUACAAGACUAAGUAUCAGGCAUAUCAGAAAGGCAAGAUAGGCAUAACAUUGGUAAGCAACUGGUUCAUACCAUUAACAGAGAAUAGCACAUCAGAUCAAAGGGCCGCCAAACGAGCACUUGAUUUUCAAUAUGGAUGGUUUAUGGAACCAUUAACAAAAGGAGAGUAUCCUAAAAACAUGCGAGCCCUAGUGGGAAGUCGAUUGCCAAAAUUCAAUAUAUCACAAGCAAGGCUAGUGAAAGAUUCAUUUGAUUUUAUUGGCUUAAACUAUUACUCCUCUAGUUACAUUAAUGGUGUACCUAGACAAAGUAAUGCCAAACCCAGUUUCCUAACAGAUCCUCUCACCAAUACUUCAUUUGAACGCAAUGGAAGACCUUUAGGUCUAAGGGCUGCUUCAUUUUGGAUAUACUUUUAUCCAAAGGGACUUCGAGAUAUUCUAUUAUAUACCAAGAACAAAUACAACAAUCCUGUGAUUUACAUAACUGAAAAUGGUAUGAACGAAUUCAAUGAUCCAACGCUCUCAGUGGAAGAAGCCCUUUUGGAUAUUUACAGAAUCGAUUAUUACUAUCGUCAUUUCUAUUAUCUUCGAUCAGCAAUUAAGGCUGGCGCAAACGUGAAGGGAUUUUUUGCAUGGUCAUUUUUGGACUGUAAUGAGUGGUUUGCAGGGUUCACUGUUCGAUUUGGAUUGAACUUUGUAGAUUACAACGAUGGCUUAAAAAGGUACCCAAAGCUUUCUGCUCAAUGGUACAAGAACUUUCUCAAAAGAAACUAGUACUAAAAGGCACCAUUUCGCUGCACCUGCAACUCAUUAGCCUGUUAUUUCUGUUAGAGUUCAUCAAAUGUAGUAGUAAUAAGUGCCUUGCACCAUCAUGUAUCACUUUGAUUUAGAGAGUUAUCUCUUAAUUAAGUUCCACUUUCAACAAUUUCAA